AUGACAUUGACAAGUCUCACAUUCGUUAGUUCGUCUCCGAGACUCCGACCACUCUUUGUAUUCUCGGUGCUUCACGCCUGUUGUCACCAUAAAAGGAUGCCGUAUCGUCUUCCGAUAGAACUAUGGACACUCAUAAUCAGACAUGCGAUAGCACCACCGCCCAUCGAGCCAGAUCGAUUCAAUCCACCUCUGCACGAUUUUGAGUGUGUUAGUGGCUUUGCUGGAAGCUCGACGACAUUCAGAGACAUAGUUCAAGUGUUAAAAGAUGAAAUACUGGUUGUACAUUUCUCAGAUAUUGAGCAAAUUAGUCCUAUUUCAGUGCGCCGAGCAAAAUACCUUCAGAUAACGAGCUCUAGUCUAGGCAGUGACGUCCUCGACAGGAUAACGGGUUUCUCGCAACUGACAUCUUUUUCGGUUGUACUUUUGGAAGGACCUGUAGAAUUUCUCUUCCGUCUUCAAUCGCUCGCUAUGUCCCAGACUUUGCAAUCCAUCGACAUAAGGGCACAAUUGUGGGCGAUAUUUAAUCCUGGGGAAUAUUCAAAGCAUUUACUUCGGUCAUCGACACUGUCUUUUCCAAAAUUGGAACGGUUGCGUCUAAGUGAUUGUGAUCCAUUCAGCCUCUGUGAGGACAUUAUUCAAGAGCAAACUAUGAGGGAACUGGCAGCUUUCUUUAGUGGAUGUCGUGAUCUUCAGCUAUUAACUAUCCAUAUCCCUCUGGGAAAGAAAGAUGACAUUGCUAUAAGCGGAAUAUGCUCGCAUGCCAUAUUUGCUGGGAAAGUUAUGACCACGCCUUCGUCGUACGGUCGGAAAAUAUGGCAGCGCGUAUAUUUGCGGAGCAGCUCCCAAAUCUUUCAGAGAUCCGUUGGCUGGACUUAUGGGCAUAUUAUAACUUCGAUGAGGGUUGUCAACGGCGGGUCAAAAUUACCCGACAGAGGAAUACUACAAAAUUGA